AUAUUCCACAUACUUCCACAAAAAAAUAUCCCAGAUAAGCAACUGAUGGUUAAUUUUCCAAUGACACAAACAUGCUUUCUUUAGUACAUCUGAACUGAAUAAGCUUACAUCAGUCAGAUCAUUCUUACACUUCAGCUGAAGUUUUUCAUCAAGUUACUGACUAACGAGCUUUAUUGACUCGCUAAAGGCGUUGUGUGUAGCACUCGGCGAGCUUCCGCUGAUAUCCGGCUGUAGUCUCUGUGCAGCGUUCGGGACAUAGCCAUCACACGCUCUCUGGCACAGGCCUUUUUUCCACAAGGUCAGUGUUUUAACAAGGAGCUAUUUUUUAUUUAUUUUAGCCGUUAACCUUUCUAUGAAUUUCCAGAGGUGGUGGCACCUGCCGCAGCGUUGAAUAUACAUGACACAAGAGGCAGUGAAACGCUGCAAUGAGAUUUAAUUUGACACGCUGACCCCAUCUCCAUGGGCACGGGAAACCAGGGCGAGAAAAUAAGGUUGACCUUUGACCCCCGGCCUUGAACCCAGCAUCACCCGCACUUACAAUUAAAUCAGUCAGAGAAACAGACUGUCUAAAGGAAGCCUGCACUCUCGCUGCUCUUUUUAAUCUAAAUGCAGCCAUGCAGUUUCGCCAAGUCACGCUGCUUGCUUACAGUUUGGAGUUUGUAGUUUUAUUUUAAUUUCAAUUUUUUUUUCAAUCAUUUCUCAUUUUCAUGUAGUUUAAAGUCCCCGUUGGGUGUUAGUAUCAAUAUGUUAGUCUGAAGGUUAUCUAUAAGCCAGUGUGCUACAAAACAGUGACGAAAUUUGCAUUUAGAGGAUAUAAGCAUUCAAAGCUUGCAGUUCGUCACUUCCGCCAAAAUGGAUCAAUGAUUUUUUUUGAUGUCACCUCGUACUUCAGCUUCUCAUCAAACUUUCUGUUCAAUCAGAUCCUCUCUAGGAUCCAAAGCGCCCGGCGAUAGGGAAUGAUUCAGACAGUGUAAAUAUGCUUUUGAUUGGGGCAAAUGAGGUCUGGUUUGCGUUGUGUCACGCGCGCACAGUCUGCUCUGGACUUUGGCUCCGGUCCAGAGACGUGAUCGCACGGAGCAGAUCAUAUGCGCGAGUCGACAUAUAUUAAACACUUUUAAAACUACACAGCCUCAGCAUGAUUAUGAUCACUAUUUUGUUUUUACUAAGAGUUUCAUAUUGAAUCUAGGGGGCAAUCUAGACUGCGGCUGUCAAAUGCGGCUUUAUCGAGCUCAACGGCUCUGGCCCGAGCAGGUAUAAACAAAAGCCUAUUGACUAUUUUAAAAAGGUUGCUCGAUAUGUCUUCCUGUUUCUGGUGAAAUUACGUCACCACAUAGAAUAAUGCUGCUUGUUUCAAGGCACGUCAUUGGACCUUUAACUUGAAGUACUACGAUAGCUAUUGUUAAAACUAAAAUGAAAAUGAAUAAAAUCUAAAAAAUAAAAAUAAAAAAUCUAAUAAAAUAAAAAGAUAAUAAUGAAAAAAAGUCCUAAAACUAAAGUAAAAAUAAAAACUGAAAAUAAAAAAUACUUUUUUUUAAAUAUUCUAACACUAUAUCAAUCUUUCUUCUUCGCAAAAAAUCCAGAAAACCUGUAUGUUUGUGAGGGCCAUUUAGCCCAUUAAUAUUACAACUCAGAAUAUUAAAGUCAGUCAUAGGUAUCGAACAGAAUUACUGCAUAAUAAGACAAAAUACAAAUUUGAAAAUAAAACCAGUUGAGUUUACCAUUAAAUUACCAUUGAUUGAGAAUGACCUUCAGCGUUGCAGGAUAAAGAAGAAAAUUUUGGAUGCCAACUUCUCUCAUUUCCUUCCUAAUUGGCGCAAAUGCACUUCUUCUUUUUGUGGUGACCGGAGAAAAAUCUGGAAAGAAAGACAGCGUUGCUCCGUCGGAUGUUUUCACCAGGGCGUGAAGUCUGGCGGCCCACAGAAUGAGCUCCCUGUCCGUGUACCACAACAGUUUAAAGAUGAAAACCCAUGGUUUAGUGCGAUCUGAGGAGAGCCUUGUGUACACGCGAUGCGCUCGCUCCACUUCAAUCUCUUUGCCCUGCAGAGACGGGAACCACGUCGGUAGCGAUCUUUUCAAAAAGCCCAUAGGUUCGUCCUUUUCGGAACCUUCAGGCAAUCCGACCAGACGCAGAUUGCUGCACCUAUUGCGAUCCUGUAAUUGCAACUCCUGCUGUUUCCAAUUGUAUGCCAUCAGGGAAAGUAUUAUUAAUGAAUAAAACUUCAAAAAAUCAGCAAAAAGGGGCCAAACGUACGGAGCUCUACUCAAGUGCGACUAGGUUCAUGAGCAUGUCACGUGACUCCUCUUGCUUAAUGAAGUUUUUAUAAUAAAGUUAUAAUUACAUAAUAAGAUUUCUACUUCAAUUUGUUUUUUAAAUAUAAACAUUUAAAUGGUGGCUGUCAUAAAAGCUUGACUGAUAUAUUCAAACAUAAAUUAAACAUUGACAGUAAAAAAAUAUAAUGAAUAUAUUAUAUGGUGCAUAUAUUUAGCAAAAUGCCCCUCUCUAGAGUUUAUUUUAUUUUUAUCUGACUAAUGAGUUUAUGGUCACCAAAUAUGUUUUUUCUGAGGUAAACGUGACAUUACGUGACAUUGUUUACAAGAUGUUAUAUUGACGUCUUUGCAUAGAGGAAACACUGAUUGAGCGAUUACAUGAGACAGGAUACGGAUUGUAAAGUUGUACUUUUUCUUUUAACUUACCUUCGGAUGUUUAGUCAUGUUUAUUUUGUGCUGUAACUGGUGUUAAAGUGGAGGAGAUGAUCAGUUCACAUGCGCUACAUGCUGCCGCGUCUGUUGAACUGAGGUGCUACAGUGAUCUGUCACUCCACAUUAAAAAGCGUCAAUACAGCAUUUAUUGUUUGAAUACUGCAAAACGGUGGGCAGAAAUCUGAGACUUUGUUUCAUAUUAAAAGUAUCAAAGCACAAUGCUUAUUGUGAUUUAUUGGAUGGAAGGUGCGCUUCAAUGUUCCGUCCAUUAACUGAAAACAGGUUCAACUAAUCGAUUCUUGGGAUUUAAGAAUCAGUAUCGUUUCGUAAAAAUAUGGAUAUUUUUUACCCAUCCCUAGUUGGCAGUGUAAUAGUUAGACUGACAUGCAGGGCUGGUCAUCUGUCAGAGUUUUGGCCUGACGACAUGAUUUGUAUGGGAUCAAGGAAAGCUCAGGUUUAUUAAUGCUAGCGAAUCCAUUGGACUCCUGGCCCUGGACUCCACAGCUAAAAAAGCUGAGUGUAACCCCAUCAUGACCCCUGCUACACUCUGUAAUGUUAAUUAUUUAUAGACUGGAGUCAAAUAAAUAAGGCUCUGUCUAUUUCAGAUGCUUGUGUUCAAUUCGCUGCAUGUUUGUGAUGUCUGUAAAUAUGAAGCAUUCAGAAGAUGGAAUAAUUCAUUCCACCAGAAUCCUGCUGUAACACAAGCAUUUACAUAUAAUGCAUUAUAAAAGUAUUUUAAUGCAUUAAUUAUGACACGUAAUGCACAUGUUGUAUGAUCACAUGAAUAAUUAUAAGCACAGUUAUAAUCCAUUAUAAUUAUCUAUUGAUUGUCACACAUGUGUUUUAUUUUUGGUAACAAUUAUUUACGAAACGAUUAUAAUGCAUUAAAUCUAUAUAAUAUAUUAUACAUAAAGGCUUCAAGUGUAGCUGAACUUUCUUCUGAUUCUUGCAGCCUCAAAUAAUUUUCAGCAGAUUUCUCUGGUAUUGAUAUGCCAUAUUGGACAGUUUUGAUUUGCUAUGACAAUUGUAACAUCUAUAAGCAUGAAGAUAGAUAUUCAGAUGUCCUGAAAGUGUGAGAGACGUUAGUGUUUGUGUUAGAUAUCCUUGAUGCUGCACCCUUCACCAUUCACUGACGCAUGAACAGUGUGUGAAUCUGUUUGAUCGUUCUACAUUCAUCGGAUUCAUUAAAUUAUAUUGUUUUAUUUUUUCCUCAAGUUUGCAUUUUAUGCAGGAAAAAAAACAAAAUUAAUAUGGUUUUUAAAAUUGCAAUGCUAAAAUUUUUAUUUUUAAGGACCAUAUUCAAAUUAAAGCAUUUUUUUUGGGCUGCACAAUGAAUCGUAUUUUAAUCACAAUCAUGAUUUCUGCUUAUCUCGAUUAAGCAUAGUUGCCUCUGAUUUUGGACUAGUUAUUUAUCCUGGAAACAUUGUUUUCAUUUGGCAUUACCAUUAUCUUGCAUUGAUAACAAGCCUCCACUAUAUCUUUAAUGCUUGGGGUUGUCAGAUGUCAAGAGUCUAAAUCCACCAAAGAGAUCUUUUCUCUUAAAUCAAUACAUUUUCUGCUCAGUGGUUUACUUAAUCUUCCCAACCUGGCAACCAUUGACACACACUCUCUCUACAUUACAAACAUGCUGCUGAACAGGAUGGCUGCUGAGGAGCGGCACAUGACGUCCAGCUGUGGCUCCUACAUUAAGACAGAGCCCUCCAGUCCGUCCUCUCUGGUGGACACGGCCAGCCACCCCAGUCCCGGCGCGCAUUCGGACGCCAGCGGCGGCUACGCUAGCGCCAUCAACAGCCACUCCAACGGCCUGGACUCUCCGCCCAUGUUCACGGCGGGCGGGCCUCUGAGCGCGGCGGGGAGCGCCUGCCGCAAACGCUACGAGGACUGUUCCAGCACGUUACUGGAGGACCCAGGUUCCAUCAAGUGCGAAUACAUGCUCAACUCCAUCCCAAAACGCCUGUGCCUGGUGUGCGGAGACAUCGCGUCGGGGUAUCACUACGGUGUGGCCUCCUGUGAAGCCUGCAAGGCCUUCUUCAAGAGAACAAUACAAGGUAUUUCAUGUAACAUUGAGUACAGCUGUCCGGCCACCAAUGAGUGCGAGAUCACGAAAAGAAGACGCAAGUCCUGUCAGGCGUGCCGCUUCAUGAAGUGCUUGAAAGUGGGCAUGCUGAAGGAAGGUGUUCGGCUAGAUCGCGUACGAGGAGGCCGACAGAAAUACAAGAGGAGAAUGGAUGCAGAAAACACAGCCUACCUGGGGCUCACACUGCCACCGCCAGCCAAAAAACCCUUGACGAAGAUCGUGUCCCAUCUGCUGGUAGCGGAGCCGGAGAAGAUCUACGCCAUGCCGGACCCCACCAUGCCCGAGAGCGACAUCAAAGCGCUGACCACACUGUGUGACCUGGCCGACCGCGAGCUGGUGGUCAUCAUCGGCUGGGCCAAACACAUCCCAGGUUUCUCCAGCCUGUCUCUGGGAGACCAGAUGAGUCUACUGCAGAGCGCAUGGAUGGAGAUCCUGAUCCUGAGCAUCGUGUUCCGUUCACUGCCCUACGAGGACGAGCUGGUGUACGCGGAGGACUACGUGAUGGACGAGGAGCACUCGCGGCUCACGGGCCUGCUGGACCUCUAUGUGUCCAUCCUACAGCUCGUGCGCAAGUACAAGAAACUCAAGGUGGAGAAGGAGGAGUUCGUCACGCUGAAGGCCAUCGCACUCGCCAACUCAGACUCCAUGCACAUAGAGGACGUGGAGUCGGUGCAGAAGCUCCAGGACGCCCUUCACGAAGCGCUGCAGGACUACGAGAGCUGUCAGCACACAGAAGACCCUCGGCGGGCGGGGAAGCUGCUCAUGACGCUGCCGCUGCUCCGGCAGACGGCCACCAAGGCCAUCCAGCACUUCUACAGCAUCAAGAUGCAGGGCAAGGUGCCCAUGCACAAACUCUUCCUGGAAAUGCUGGAGGCCAAGGUCUGAUUGGCCGCUCGUCGCGUGACAUCAUCGGGGCCAGAGACUGCGGAGGACGGCCGCGUGGGCUGCGGGACGCUCGUCUCUCGUCGGCCUGAGACGUUUUUAAAGACCUGAAAAAAAUAAUAACUUGGUUUAAAGCAUAAAUAUAAAUGGAAAAAUAAUUUAAAAAUCUAUAACAAAUACUAUGUACUUGUACAGUAAUGCUUUUUGUUCUUGAUCUGUGCUUAUAUAUGAUGGAAGAAACUGUAAGUCAUUUCAGAGUGAGUAGUCAUUUUCGUUCCGCUAUCCCUCCGUACAUGUCGCCAACAACCUCGGUCCGGCCCUCGGACGACGCCAGGACACCUUGAGGACUUGUAAAUAUUCAUGGCAGGAUUUGGCCGAGGCUGGAUGUGGAAGCUGCUGCCGGUUCUUCCCUAAAUGUGAACUCUUGCUGACGUCCUUGAAAAUACCUCUUCUUGAAUCCUGGGAGGACGGCGUUUGUGACACGUUCAUCCGGGAUCUCAGUCAUCUUACUCUAGUAACUCAGCAAUAAAUCGAGCCGAUGAGGAGCGCCCACCUCUUGUGUUGCACUGUACUGCUUUUUUAAACUACUUGUUAUUGUUGUCGUCGGUGUUUCGGCCUAAAUGUAGUCGGUGGGUGAAAGGAUCGAAGGAUUUACGAUGCGUGGCAGACGUCCAAGAUGCUCCAUGUUCAAACAAUCAGAUGCCUGUAUGUCAAACGGCCUAUUUUGGGCUUGUUAAGCCACCGGCAGAGGAAACGAGGUGUUUCUGCUCGGACCCUGCCAGGACUUUUAUAGCCAUGUAUCUGAAUGAAGGUGGGCGGCAGGUGCGGGUCUUUAUCACCAGCUUUAUUUUUAGGUCUUGGAAGUCGACAGCAGAUUGAACAGGAGGGGUGUUUGACCUCAUGUUGACACAAUAGCAUCGCUUUAAAAAUGGCCUUCGAACUCGCCGGCCCUAUAAACAGCUUAUUACCCUUAGAUCCACUUUACAGCAGUCCACCGUACACCCAUUAGUCCAAGUUAUCCAUUAGGAAUAUCCCGUAUCCGAGAGGCAUUAGCUGUGAAAACAGCAGCGGUGUCACUGAGUGGACCGAGACGUCGGCGGACGCUACUGAUGUCAUUUACUUGAAGUGAACUGUGGCGCUGUCGGGAUUCGACAGAAGGACCUGAGGGUUUGAUUGUGUCCUGGGGUGCCUUUCCCAAAAGCAGCGAUUCUCGUUACCGACAUAGUUUAGCGAUUCAGUAGCUAUGUUUCCAUCCAAAGUUACGAAUUAAAUUGUGCGCAAAAUUGGAAUAUCGCAUAAAACAUUUGUGAAUAAAGCAUCCAGUGAGUUCAAGAGAACAAAAUCAUCACUUCUUGAUUUACAUGCACUAAAUAUCACCAAGAAAAAUUGCAUCUGCUGCAGUAGGAGAAGGCACUGUAUAUAAUCAUUUUUGUAUGCAAUAAAUCACAAGCUUUAGAGCGCGUAGAUGAAAUGCGUUCGUGUCAUCUUAUUAUCGGAGUCUGGCUGUUUUAGGAACGCAGUUGGGGAGUUAAUUAUAACGAAGCACUUUGAAGAGACUUUUAUUUUAUAAUAACUAAACUAGCAUUUCAGAUGCUGUGCAAUGAGAUUGGUCCAGUUAUGCUGUCCCAUCGCAAUGUCGCAUCUUUUUUGAUGCACAUAAAGGAAUUUAUUCGAUAAAAGUGUUUCUAUCGUAGCUUAUGCGUAUGUUAAGAAAUGUAUCCUACUUAGUUGAGCGCAUGUUUUUUAUGCGCAUUUUUAGAAUUUAUGCGCGUCUUGGCAUUUUCAUCCAGCGUUUUUUUAUGCGAUAUCCCAAAAUUUGCAUAAAAAUGGAUGGAAAUAUAGCAAGUGUUUCUUAAAACCAAACAUCUGCAAACAGCAUCGCAAGCUUGUGUGGUUGAAAGUACAACUUUUGACCUGCGGUUAGAAGCAUCUUGUUGGUAUGACAUGGACUUCAAUAGAUCGUGCUCAAUUUGCACAUUAAGCUAUAAAACAGGCAGUACAUUCUGUAGCCUUCAUUGCAUUUAAAUCAAUCGAGUGCUGCAGUUGUGACGUCAAACGCUGCAGGUUUUAUUAUGGGGUUUUUCAAGUCAUGAUACUUGGACGUUUUGUUAACUUGUAUAUUUACCACAGACCUUGUUUUACUCAUGUUGAAAAAUACCAUGAUAAAAAACCCAUUGGAAAAUCUUUAGGGAACCUGUGGUGAAUUAGUCGUCUGGGUUUUGGUGUCACGGCUCCAGCACUCUAUAUACAUUUUGAUCUAUAUAUUUUGGUAUGUCAACAAUCAGCUGUGUUUUUGAAGAGCGUGCAUGUAAGUAAAAGUUUAAGCAAACCCCAGAGUAUGACGUAAGAGGAACCAAACAUCAAAUGGGAAUCACAAAUAGUUAACUAGUGCUGACUGAAUAAAAUAAUAAAUUUAAACCAAUUACGUACUGCAUAAUAAUUUGAUUUGAAAAGGCGAAUGGCUUUCUGUUGUUUGUGUAAAUUAACUAUAAUAAUCUGACAUCAAAAAUGCAGUCACAUUAACGAAAUUAGCAAACAAGGUCCAUUGUCAAUAGUAUAGAGAUAUAUGAAGCACUUUCAAACUAAGCAGCUGUCUGUUGCAUGAGAAAAAAAACUGCGUGAUCAUGCAAAACCCUCAAAAACGCGGAUUCGUAUUGGACUGAUUGGAUUUCGCCUGUGAAAGUUCGCCGAACAACAUUAAAUGUGACCACAUCUUAUUUGCAAUUUUGAAUUGAUCAAUUAGUGUGACAUCAUUAAUGACAGGCCUGGUUUGUUCUCAACAACAGAUGCGACCAUGUUACUACAAUUUGGGAAACAGUGACCAGUUAGUUGCAUUGUUAGCAGGGUGGUUAAUCAGCGAGAUUUGUCAUCAUAUGGGAAACGAUCCCCAGGUCCAAUCUCUCUCUGCAUUGCUGAUGUCUCUCAUUGGCUUCGGCCAGACACUUCCCAGAAAACUUGAACCCACCACAAUCUCGACCCCGACCAGACGAGAUCGCGAGAGAAGAUAAUACAGGGAUUCAUUUUAUAUGCAGCGCAACUGUGUGGAUUCACAUUAGGGAUCAAUUCUGACCGAAAUCAUGCCAAAGCAGCGCACAUCUGAACGACAUGAACGCAAACGCUUCAAGCUACAGCACGCACAUGCGAAUUCACACGUCAUUGAGUUCUGGAAUAUGCCAGAACCCAAUUCAUAACAUAACGCAAUCGUACCGCAAUGUUUUAUGAACAUCUGUUAGUCCUGCACUUGAGAUGGACACAUGGUAAUGAACAUAUAUGCAACAUUCACGUAGCUACCUCAUCAUUCAUCCACGUCUGGACAUUCUGUAAAUACUCCUCCGUUUCGUAGUGCGCUUUAUUUAGCCUGCUCCUGUCAUGUGGACAGUAACACAACAUCUGGUAUCGCUAGAUAACUAGGUUAACUUCUCACAUACCACACUAACCACCAAAGCACACUAGAUUUUUACCACGUCCUGUUUGGUGCACUGAUUUAGGUGCUUUUUUUCUACUUUUUUGACAACAGGACACUUCAUCAUCUACCCAAAAACAUGUGAAUGUGUGAGUGGCAUUAAUGUUGAUUUGUGCCUCUCCGUUCACUGUUUAGGAAGGAAAAGAUGCAUAUCUGUAAAUGCUGUCAUUUAUUUAUUUGCUUCUACCGCAGCAUGUCAGGGUCAGAAUUGGUCCCUCGAUGUUCAAAAUGACGAAGGCUUUUGUGUUUCUCCUCAAGAUAUUCAUUGUGUAUAUUAUAUCACUUUGGCCACGCUGUACUGUACAAUAAUAUUGUUCAUUUAACAAACACCUGUGUCACUUUCUUUUUUAUGUAAAAAAAAAUGAAAAAGUAACAAAGACGUACUCUCAAAGCACUUUUAGACUUCUGUUCAUUUCUUCUCACAAACAUACUGCCAGUCAAUAGCUUGUGAAUAUAUAACAAAUAUUUAUAAUGUGAAAUGUUGUAAAUAACAAAAAUACAUUUUUCUAUGUCAUUGCGGUAAAUGAUGGAGGUCAAUUCAGGUAAGAUCUGAGUCAUAUAAUGUGUGUGUGUGUACCUGUUUUUCUAUUCAGGUGGCGACUUAAACCUGAAUACACACAGACUCAUGGGGACUCGUGUCAGGGUGGGGAGCUAAAUUGAGGUCUCCACGGGUAAACAAGCUAAUAAAUCACACAGAAUUAAGUUUUUUGAAAAUCUAAAAAUGCCUGUAGUCUCCUGUAAGGGGUAGGUUUAGGUGUAGAGCAAUAGAAUAUACGGUCUGUACAGCAGAAAAACCAUUACACCUAUGGAGAGUCCCUACAAGGAUAGCAAACCAGACGUGUGUGUGUGUGUGUGUGUGUGUGUGUGUGUGUGUGUGUGUGUGCACGCAUGUUACUUAUUACAAUUUUAAACUGAUUAUGCAUUUGGAAGAUGCUUUUUUCCAAACCAAUUUAAAUUGCAUUCCAAGAACACGUUUUAUGAGUUCCUGGGAAUCAAACUUAUGACUAACUACAGAAAUGCUAUUAUGAAUGAAUUUAAUGAAUGAAAUUGAUCUUGUAUUUACACUGAUAGUGACACACAAAUCUGCACAGGAGUCUGUAUUUAGAGCUGAAGCCCUGCGCUGGACUCGUGUGCAUUACUGUCCUGUAACUGUGGUCAGCGGAGCCGGAUGAUGAUGACCUUUAUCUGCUCCGCUGAAGUCUCUCAGACGGAGCGUGGCUCAGUAAUGUAGUAACGUGUAAGUGCUGUAGGACGUCCUCAGAGACCCGCAGAGCCCCAGAGACAGCAGAGCAAACAGCCCAGAACUGACAUGUGCUGUGUAGCAAAAACACACCGCGGACCUGCUGCAGAUAAAAACCUGCUGAUCUGCUGGAGUGUGUCAGACACAGCCACUGUUCACUGCUUCAAGUCUACUGGAGCCCUACACAGAGCCAUUAAUGUGUGUGUGUGCAUAUAUACACAACAUUUAUAGUAUAACAUAUAUAUGUAUAUGUUUUUGUUGUUGUUGUUGGUAUAUCUCAAAUGCAAAUAUGUCUAAAUACACUGCAGAACAAAAGGUAUCUCAAAUAUCACUGUCACUGCCAUUUAAAGAAGAGUUCCUGAAAUAAAAUAUUAACAUA